AUAGAGGCACACAAAAAAGUUGUACUCGCUAAAUGAUUACAAGCCACCUAUUUCCAAAGCUAAAAUGACACAGAUCACCAAGGCAGCAAUCAAGGCUAUAAAGUUCUACAAACAUGUGGUACAGAGUGUUGAGAAAUUCAUUCAAAAGUGCAAACCAGAAUACAAGGUGCCUGGUCUGUAUGUCAUUGACUCCAUUGUGAGACAGUCCCGACAUCAGUUUGGACAAGAAAAGGAUGUCUUUGCUCCAAGAUUCAGCAAUAACAUCAUCAGCACUUUCCAGAACUUGUAUCGUUGUCCUGGGGAUGACAAGAGUAAAAUUGUUAGAGUGCUAAAUUUAUGGCAGAAGAAUAAUGUGUUCAAGAGUGAAAUUAUUCAGCCUCUUUUGGAUAUGGCAGGAGGGAAUUCUCCUCCCCCAUUUGUGACCCCAGUCUUGCCCAGCACUACAGCUGCUAUGAGCAACAAUACACCAGGAACACCUGUGACUCCAGUUACUCCAGCCAACGUGGUGCAAAGUUUACCUGAUCCUUGGGUAUCUCAGAUUGCUAAUACAGAUACGCUUGCUGCUGUAGCACAAAUUUUACAAAGUCCUCAAGGCCAGCAGCUUCAGCAGUUAAUACAGACACUGCAGAUUCAGCAGCAGAAACCUCAGCCUUCACUACUUCAAGCCCUGGAUGCUGGUCUUGUUGUUCAGUUACAGGCCCUUACUGCACAGCUUACAGCUGCAGCUGCUGCUGCCAACACGCUUAAUCCACUGGAACAGAGUGUCUCUUUUAAUAAGAAGCUGAUGGACAGGUUUGAUUUUGGAGAAGAAUCUGAACAAAAUGAAGAGCCUAAAAAGGAAACUCCAACUUCCCAACUGCCUUUAGUACCAGAAUCUGUGAACAACUCACUUUUUCAUCAGCUAGCUGAACAACUACAGCAACAAAACUUAGAACAUCUCAGACAACAGCUUCUGGAGCAACAGCAGCCUCCAAAGGCAAGCCCUGAGGAAAAUCCAGAAGGAAAUUUUGGCUCAGAGCACUCUGCAUCACCUUCACAAGGGAGCAGUCAACAGCAGUUUUUAGAAGUGGAAACAAAUGUAGAUGAUUCAAUGGAUAUUCAACAACAGGACAUGGAUAUAGAUGAAGGACAGGAUAUGGCUGAAGAGGAGAUUUUUGAACAAGAAGAAAAGAAAUCAACAGUUCGUUCAAGAUCAAGAACGCGUUCAAGAUCUCGUUCAAGGUCACCAAGAAAACGAAGGUCUAGAUCACGAUCUGGUUCUCGUAAGCGUAAACACAGAAAACGUUCACGCUCGAGAUCAAGAGAAAGGAAGAGAAAGUCAUCUCGGUCAUACUCCAGUGAAAGAAGGGCUAGGGAAAGGGAAAAGGAACGUCAGAAAAAAGGAUUACCUCCUAUACGGUCAAAAACUCUAAGUGUUUGCAGUACUACUCUUUGGGUAGGUCAAGUAGACAAGAAGGCUACACAGCAGGAUUUAACCAAUUUGUUUGAAGAAUUUGGACAAAUAGAAUCUAUUAAUAUGAUUCCCCCAAGAGGUUGUGCUUAUGUUUGCAUGGUUCAUAGACAAGAUGCAUAUCGUGCUCUUCAGAAACUUAGUUCUGGGUCCUAUAAAAUUGGAUCCAAAAUCAUUAAGAUUGCCUGGGCUUUAAAUAAAGGUGUGAAAACAGAGUACAAGCAGUUCUGGGAUGUGGAUCUGGGAGUUUCAUAUAUCCCUUGGGAGAAAGUUAAAUUGGAUGAUUUGGAUGGCUUUGCUGAAGGUGGCAUGAUUGACCAGGAGACAGUAAAUACUGAAUGGGAAACAGCCAGAAGCUCAGAAGCUGCUAAAGAAAACAUUCAAACUACGCAGAGUACUGCAGUUGAUAAGAGCACAGUUAUUACAACGCAGACAGAAGCUUACACGCAACCAGUCACUAUGCUGCAGAUUCCGGUAGCUCCAGCUGUGCCUGCUGUUAGCUUAGUUCCACCUGCGUUUCCUGUCACAAUGUCUGUCCCUCCUCCUGGUUAUAGUGCAAUUCCUCCUCCACCCUUCUUGCGAGCAAGUUUCAACCCUUCACAGCCACCUCCAGGUUUUAUGCCCCCCCCAGUCCCACCUGUUGUCCCACCACCUGUUGUCCCACCACCUGUUGUCCCACCGGUAGUUCCAACAUCUUUAGUACAGCCUCCCUUACCAAUUGCACAAGAGGCGAUGAAAGAUGUUCCUUUUACUAGCCUUGUUCUACCAGUUGGCACAGUUAGUAGCAAUAUAGCUACUCCAACGUUAUCUGCUGGAAGUGUUUUUAAUCCUCUUCCAAGCAACAAACCAGAAUCAGAUGAAAAAGGCUCACAUCUGACAGACCUUCAGAUUUCUUCCAGUGAAAACAACAGAUCUGUGCAAAAUGAUGUCUCGAGUAGCUCUGGACUUGUUGGAGGAGUGCAGCCACCCAGCGUUUCAAGCAGUUCUGGGCUUACCGGAGAAGGGCAGCCACCCAGUGUCUCAAGUAGCUCUGGCCUUCCAGGGGCAGUACAGCCACCAAGUGUCUCAAGCAGCUCUGGACUUGUGGGAGCAGUGCAACCACCAACUGUUACAAGCAGUUCUGGUCUUGCAGGAGGAGUGCAGCUACCCAGCAUCUCCAGUAGCUCUUCUCUUACAGGAGGAGUUCAGCUGACCAGCGUCUCGAGUAGCUCUGGACUUAUGGCUGGAGUGCAGCCACCAAAUGUCUCAAGUAGCUCAGGGCUUUUAGCUGGAGUGCAUCCACCCAGUGUCUCCAGCAGCCCUGGGCUUCUGACAGGAAUGCAGCCACCCAUUGUCUCAAGCAGUUCAGGACUUCUGGCAGGAGUGCAGCCACCCAGUGUCUCGAGCAGCUCUGGGCUUCUCAUAAUGCCACCACCCAAUGUUUCAAGUAGUUCUGGACUUAUGGGAGUGCCACCACCAAAUAUUUCAAAUAGUUCUGGACUUCUGGCAAUGCAGCAUCCAGCUGGGGUUCAAAAUAUGCCUCAUUUAAGUAUUAGCAAUCAAAGAAUGCCGGGAAUGCCCAUUUUAGAUAUCCGUCCAGGCCUAAUGCCCCAUUCACCUGGACCAAGGUUUCCAUUAAUGCAACCUGGAAUACCACCGCAGCGCAGUAUUCCUCCCCCAGCAAUCCUUGAUCCGUCUCUCCACCCGCCACCUCGAGGUCCUUUUCCCCCAGGAGAUAUUUUUAAUCAAACAGAAAGACCUUUUGGAACGCCAGGAAGACAAAAUAUUGAUAGCAUUGCUAAUUCAGAGAAAAGACUCCCACUUGGCGGCGAUAACAUUCAACAGGAAGGAGACAGAGAUUAUCGCUUUCCUCCAGUAGAAAAUAGAGAUAAUCUUAACAGACCAUCCCCAGUGGAUGUCAGAGAUUCUGUUGGACGACCACCAGUUGAUCCAAGAGAGGGUAUAGGAAGACCUCCAGUGGAUGGAAGAGAACAUUUUGCUAGAUCACACGUAGACAUGAGAGAGAAUUUUGGAAGACCAGGUAUAGAUAAUCUUGGUCGAAGGGAGCAUUUUGGUUUCAAUUCAGAGAAGCACUGGGGACAGAGAGGAGAUUAUGAUGAAAGAGAGCACCAUGCCUUCCCUAUUUAUGGUGGCCCUAAAGGCUUCCAUGAAGACAGAGAGAGGUUUCGGCAUGUAAACUAUAGGUUUGACAGUAGAAGUGGUCCCAAUUGGAAUAGAGGAUUUGAACAAGAUGCUCACAGAGAUUUUGAUGACCGCAGAAGACCCUGGGAAAGACAGAGGGAUAGGGAUGACAGAGAUUUUAAUUUUUGCAGAGAAAUUAACGGAAACAGGUUUGGAAGAGACAGAAUGUCAAACAACUGGAUCCCCCCUCCACAUCCAAGGGUAUUUGAAUAUUUUGAUGGGGCCACUUCGCAACGCAAAGCUGAUAAUAUGCCCCAGGUAAAUGGUGAAAAUACAGAGACACAAAGUCAGCCGCCAGCUGCACAGGUGCAGGACGAUCCAGAACUUUAUGAAAAACUGACAUCUUCCAGCGAGAUAAACAAAGAGAAGAGUGACACAGAAGCUGAUAUAGAAAGUGAACCAGUGGUAGAAAGCACAGAAACUGAGGGGACAUAAUCAUCACUCAGUAGGUAAAAGAUACCUUUUGUAAAGUUGUCAUCUCUCUGUAAUAGAUAAAUGGCUGACUGGACCUUAGCAGUUCACUUUUGUCUGCCAGAAUUAAGUUAAUCUGAUGUUCAUGUUCAUCUUUCACUUAAAUAACUGUACAACUGACUUGUAUAGAACACUGUUCUUAAUUUGAACAUGGUAGGUAAACUUUUUUUAUUUCUCUGGUAAAGCAUAAACUUGCCCCCACUCGCUUUUAAUUUCACAAAGAUAAAACAACAGCUUGUCAAACAAAGACUUCCUAUGGAAGAAAAUGGAAUUUUUUAGAUACUACCCUUAGGUUGGCUAUCGAAAUUGUUAUACUUGAAAACAGGUGCUGGUGUAUCUUGUCCGUGUUUUUAGGCUGCUGCAGAAUUUUAAAGUAUAGACAAAGCUGUGAUAUUUUAUGUUCCUACAAUUUGGCAGAAAAAGAAAUGGCCCGUGUCAUUUAAGGAGCAUAACACAGAGAUUAAAAGUGAUUUUGUAAAAUCUACACUAUAGUCUCUGUUUUCUCUAAAGUAAGUGUUUGUGAUUUGUUCCUCGUACUGCAGUGGGUUUAAAAAAAUGAAAAAGUACAUUUUAAUGUUGGGUGCAUUUUGUUUUUAGAUGCCAAUAAAGCAUAUUUGUUUGAUAACAGUGUUCUAGGUAUUGUAUUUUUUUAAAAAACUUGCAAGCUAUAAAAACUUGGAAUCAGCUAUGAUAUGUGCCUAGAUAGUUGUUGCAGAAGGUUUAUAUUACUUUGUAAGACCAAUGCAACAGUUACAUGUGCAAGAAGGAAGCAUAUACUUUUUACGUUGAAAAUCAUGCAGUCAUAUUAGUUGAUGUAUAUAUCAUGUAUGUAAAUAUUUGUGUAAACUGUAUGUAGAUAUCACUAUUUCUGUGCGUGCCCAUGUAUGUGCACACACUCACAGAAUAAUGUAGACAGUUUAAUAAAAUUGAAGUGAAAUUAGGGUAUAAAAAUUUGCCUUUCACCUUCUUUACGUAGUAAGAAAACAUUUAUUUGACUUCAGUGUGCCAUGUUUGUGUUUAUCUUCUCCUGUUCAUAGCUAUAUAUGUUCUUACUACUUCUAGAAGGUGGAACAUGAUAUACUGUAAGGAUAUACAGUAGGAUUUUAGGUUACUUUUUGAAAAUGCAGAUAUGCAUGAAGACAAAACUUAAGCAAAUAAUUGCAUUGUCUUAUUCUGUAAUAUAUUUGAUAUUCUGGAUAGGUAGUGGUAGCAUUAAAGAAUUUUGUGGUUAUUUGUUUUCAGUAACUCUCCAAAGUCCAGAAUCGUUGCACAAAAAGUAAAAAGCUGUUGUUGGUCUAAAAAAAAGCCUACAUAUUUUUAACAGAAAUAAGGGGCUUUGUGUUUUGGUGGCUUAAUAUUGAAAUAGAACCUCUUGCUAAAUUGUUGAGAAGAAUUGACUGCUUAGGUAAAUUAGUAACCCUGUUCUCUCAUGUUUCACUUAACUUUGCUGCUUGUAUAUCCUUCAAAUUAAUUGGUGGUGAAAGAUUUGGCUAUAUGGUAAUGUGAGAUUUUCAAUUUGUCCUCUUGAGUUCAUUCCACCAACUUUUUUCAGCAUAACUUCUGUUGAAAUUCCAUGUCUGAAAGUACCUUUCACUGAGUUUUGAGAGUGCUUUUUUUUUCUCUCAAGCGUGCUUAAUAGGAUCGAAGAGUAGAUUCUGUUAAAUCAGUACCCCAUUGGUAGAAGAAACAUUUUUAGCUCAGAUUAGAUUUCUGAUCUUUAUCAUUAAAGCCUAAACAAGCAAGUUUAAAUUCCCCUCCCACUUCCCCAAAAGGGACGAAAAUACGAGGAUGUCAUGUGAGUGUAAAGCAUAAGCAUGCCUUGAAUGUAGAGUCAAGUUAUGUAUGUAUUUGUUGCCUUCCCCCUUGGCGGGAGGGGUGGUAUUUAUUCAUUUUGUGUCAUGGUUCAGUUUUAAACUUAUUAGGACUCUUAUUCUGGAUAGCAAAGAAACAGUCAGCUUAAUGAAGCUAGCCUUUUGAAAGAGCAGACAUGAAUGAUUCUUUCGGCUGUGCAAGUAGUGUUAUUAGGAUGUCAUGAGAUGUGCGUUAAAUAAUUGUUGCUUUGUAAUAGACGUUGCUGACAUGCUUGUUACCAGAACAUGUCUCAGGAAUUGAGAUGGACGAUAUUUAAGGCAAAAGUACCUUCAUCUGCAGACUCUGUGGAUCAAAGAACUUGACUGAUGACGCUGCACCUAGCAAUAGUAUUCUGGUCAGGCGUAUGUGGUUGUGAAAGUCCAAACACACAAAAUAGCUGUAAGGUUUUUUUUGUGAAAUUAAGUGAUUUUGUUAUUUCAUUUAAUUUGUGCAGAUUGAAAAGAUUUUGGUUACAGAGCAUGCAAAUACUCAAAAUCAGCCAUGAAUAUUGGCAGUAGCUUUCCUUUUCAAACAUUUUGUUAAGUACUUUUUUAAACUAAAAGUUAAUCUCUUUUGCAUUUUUCUAAACUGGGACUUGUAGUAUGCCAAAUUUCUCACAGUAUGAUGGUGCGGGUAAAUUAUCAGGUGAGAGAGGUUAAAGUAAUGCAGCUGAUAGUGAUAUAAAACAAUGUAUUAUUUAUGAUUUUUCAUCUUUGGUAGUAUCCUUCAAACAUUAAUAAAUUGAUUACUGUAUGUGUAGUAAUACUACUGUAUGUAACACUACUAGUAUGUGUGCUAUACCAUCAAUUUCCGAUAGCUAUUUUAAUUUGUUCAUGGAAUAAAAGUUUAUUGUACAGUCUUUAGCUUCAUCGCCUUUAGAGCUAGGACUAUUCCAUUUCUUAUUUUAUUAAUUAAUAUAGGAUGCAUACAAAUAUUACCAAAGGAGACGUAUUCGGCAGGGACAAAAUAUUAGCAGAUAGGGAAUGGUUUCUUCGUCUUUUCAGUUAAGAUUUUUAAAUCUUUCAGAGUCUGAGUGAAGACUGUCCUCUCUCACUGUAAAUUAAGCCGUCAUAAGCCAACACUUGCACAGAAAGGAACUAUCUAAUAUCCAGAUCAAUUCCUUGAUGCAGUUCAAAGUACAGGAAUAUAAUUUUUGCAGAUAUAAAGGAAAAGGUGAGAAUAGGGCAGAAAGAAGAUGGGAGCCAAGCAUUUGGGCAGCAGUUCUGGCCAGUAUAAAGUUUCCUCUGGUGAUGAAAGCUGUCGAUUGCAGCAACGAAAUAACCUAAUCUAUAAUGCUUUAUCCAUGUUUUUAUUUAUAUAAGCAAUAUGUAUAUUGAAAAACAGCUUUGCAGACAAUGCAAACAACGUAUUAGGCAUACACAGUUAUUGGAAAACCUUACACAUUAGCAAGUUGUCUUAAGCAGCCAGUGAUUCUGACUGUACUUCAGCAGAAAACUGUAUCUGUACAAAUUACGAAGAUGAAACAUAGCCAUUAUUUGCUAUAAUGACAUGAUUUCUUUGCUGGAGUUUUCUCUUCUGUGGAGUAUUGGUACGCUUUCUUUUUUUAAUGUAGUGUUUCACGUUAUUAUUACAAACUCAAUGGCAUAGAUUGUUAGAUUGUUGUAGUGGAAUAGUAUGCCACUCUUCGAGGCAUUUCAGUAAUUUAAAUGACUUUAUUUAUGAAGUCAAGGCAAGACAGGAAUACUGUGAUCAACCCUGUAGUGUGGUAUGAGUAGGCAUUACUUAAGCACUGUGGGAAAAUUAUCAAAUAAGUUGUCUAUAGAAGGUAUUUGUAAAAUAAGCCAAUUUACUCCAGAGAGUUCUCCCAAAAUACUCUAUCAGCAGUUUUGAACGUGUGUGAGGAUACACUGUGGCUGUGAACACUUGAAGUACUCAUUUGCUUGAUUCAUGUUCCACUAACUCUCAAAUCUUUGGUUCAUUUAAUUUCAAAUUGGAAAAAAUGGAUCUCAGAUUUCCUCCUUUGUGUUUCCAGUAACAUCUUUAAAAAUUACAUAAGAAUGGUGGCUUCUCUGUUUAAAUAAUGGGAGGUGAACAGGUAUAACCUCUUCAGAAUACUAGGAGUCACCAAGAGUAACUAGGGCAAUUUUUCAUUGCUGUUAAUUAAGGUAAUGAAAGGAUUUCUCCUUCCCUAUUGACAAUUAGUACUGAUUCUUUGAAUUUUAGAUUAGUUAAAUUUUCCUUUAAAGUGCUGGCUUACACAAGUAAGAACGUUCUGUCAAGUCAUCUACGUCUUGUGUGAAGGAUUAUGUUUGGACCUGUUUUAGUCAAAUUAUUGCUGAUGAGAGAUAGAUUUAAAAGGCAUGAAGGCAGGGUAUCUCUCAGUGCUUUUCUACAGAAUAUGUAUUUUUAAGCCUUUACUUUGUUUUUUAAAUUCAGAGAUACUUAUCUGAACACGAAUGGCAAAAGCAUCUUUCUGUCAUACCGUUUCACCGUGUUCAUUCACAUCAGCAGAAACCUUGCAGUGGCAAAGAGUAUAUCUCACUGGACGAACUUCUUAAUAAUAACUAGCCUUAUAUCUUACAUUUCUGCUUUGAAGGGUCAUCUUUGUGGUGGUUUUCACUCCAUGUAGCCCGUACAAGUUCUAGAGUAAACUUUAGAUACUCAAUAAACAUUUUGAAGUUUGUUUUAACAUAUGUCCAUGAUGUUUCAUACUCAAGAAAGGUCAAGCAGAGCUACAGAAAUGCGAACACGUAACAUUUUUUUAAAGGUAGUAACUUCCAGCAAAGUUGUAUAUGAUCUGAAACAUGCUUUUUGUCAGAGAUAAGAUGAUAUGAGUCUUCUAAUAGUUCUGAGGUUGCUAAGCUGUAAAAUUGUAUUAGCCUUAGUUCUUACAUUCUUUUCUAUCUUGCACAGGCUUCAUAGAAAACAGUAGUCUCAUUGAACAUCCCAGUCGUAGAAUGUUUUAGAAUAUCUUAGAAUAUUUUAUCUUAGAAUUGGCUUUGCUACCAAAGAUUAGGAGAAGAAAAGGAGUAAUGAUGUUCUCUUAAAAAUUGGGUGCAAUUGAAGAUGAGUGUAUUUUCACUUCCUAAGAAGUUUAAAAAAAGUUUAAAAUGCACAUUUCAGCACUUGUAUAGCAGCAGUGAUAGUGAUAUCUUGGGUUUACUAAUCUUAGUCUAUACUUUGUCACUUUUUUUUAACAGUUAACUCAUUAAUGCUUUUUUUUCCCCCCUUCUAUCAGGUGAGAUUAUAUUAAUGCCCUUAGUCAAGGAGUGGUUUUAUGCUUUACAGGAAAAAUCUGGUCAGCGAGUAUUUCAACCUGUAGAUAACUUAGUUUAACUGUUUGGCUUCCUGAUUGGUUAAUGCUUUAAUGCUGAAACAUUCCCCUUGAAUGAUUUUGCGUAUGCCUGUAUCAUAAUGGAUAUAAGGAUUCGCACUAGCAUGUCUCAAGAUUUUUGUAGAAAUGAAGAAAAAUAAUGAGAUUCUUGAAGGUAGAUGACUUGAUGUGUUUCUAAAACUAGGGCGCACUUCACAUACUAUUGUAUUGAUCUACAUAUUGGAGCAUUAUAACUGUGUGCAAGCCAGUGCAAAAAAUCUUUACUAGGUAAAGAGCAUCGAAUGGAUAACUGGAUGGUAACUCAGACCUAGAUAGAUAGGAUUCAUGUAGGCCAUAGAUGCAGGGGACUUUGGAUCUGAAUGCGACUUCCACACAAAAGGAGGGACUACAAUAUAAUUACAUCCAGCAAACUGAGAAAUGUAGCCUAGCCUCCCACCCUUUUUUUCUGGCAACACAAAAAAAAAAUCAAAGCAUGAAUAGGAAAUCCAUUAAAUAGUUUCAGAGUACUUGAAUUCUCUUUUCAAAAUGUAUUUGCUUUCUUCCAAUUAAAGCAAGCUAUAUCAUUGUCACUGUAGUUUAUCAAGAGAAAAAAUUGUUUAGGUUUAUGCUGCUUCUGAAGUAAUCAGACAUCUUUCAGCAAUGCAGUGAAAUACAAUUUUCAGUGUGCCUUAAUUUCUUCCCUAUAUAAAGGAACAUAUGUUGUAAACUUUAGGCAAAAAUGUGGUCAAAAUAAGCAAACUGUUGUCUAGAGAAUUUGAAGUGUAAUUUAGGGUUCUAUAAUUUUUUUUUUUAGAUACUACUGGAAUGACAAAAAUUAAAUUUUCUAUGUAAAUAAUACUAAAUGGAGACUUAACUUUGCAAACAUUUAUAAAAAAUUGUAUAGAAUAUAGGCUAUUCUACCAUACACGAAUAUUGAUUUUUUUCAUUUAUUGUCCUAUACAUGCAAUAUGUUAUUGUGUCAAGUAGUGUCAUCACAGAAUUCCUCUCACCGCAAAUUAGAAAUAUCUUUGAAUUACAUAAUUGAAUUACAUAAUUAGAUUAUUUAAAUCUAAGACAAUCAGAAGUCUUUCUCUUGAAAUUCGUGAUUUACUUGUGCAGUGUAGUGACCCACAUAAGGAAUUCAGUUUUGAGAACGAGAACCUUGUUGAUCCAGCUAUCUGUGAUUUAAGAGGUCUCAUUCCAUUAUAUAUUGAAACUAAAUUGAAAUGUUUGCGCAUUCAUUUGGAAUUUUAUUAUUAGAAGCGAAAUUAAUGGCAUAUUCUCAAAUUUCUUUUUGAUGAAAAAUUUUACCAUAUUAAAAAGAUUGUGCAAGAUUGAUGGGAUGUAGUUCUAUGCAUUCUUAAAAUGAGUGAGGAAUCCAUUAUUUUUAUUAGAAUAGAAGCCCUUGAAGUAAUGA